AUGUCGAAUGUACUUAAGGAUGGGCCUUGGAUAAUCAGAUCCCAACCACUGUUUCUUGAUAGAUGGACUCCAACUACUAAGCUCGAAAAGAAAGAGGUAAAGAAGGUACAAAUUUGGGUCAAAAUUCAUGAAGUUCCUCUAGCAGCUUAUACGGAGGAUGGUCUUAGCUUGAUUGCAAUAACCAUUGGGGAACCAAAGAUGCUGGAUUCGUUUACUACGUCUAUGUGCAUGGACUCAUGGGGUCGUACCAGUUAUGCAAGAGCGUUGAUUGAGAUCUCGGCUGAUAAAGAGCCACGAGAAGAAAUCACAAUGGCAAUUCCCGAACCGGAAGGGGAGGGUUUCAUCAAAGAGACUAUGUAUCUGGAGUAUGAGUGGAACCCGUAUAGAUGUGCCACAUGUUGUGUGUUUGGUCACUCUAAUGAGAUGUGUCCGAAGCAACCAAUGAAACCAGCUAAAGCUAAACAAGAGGUUCACAAGCGCAAUGCUCAACAAAAUAAACCAAUAAAGAAGAUGCCUAUCGUUGAUCAGGAGGGAUACACUGAAGUGUAUGGGAAGAAAGCUGCUAGAAAGACUGGAAUUCCUGUAAACAAACAAAAGUCUAAGUUCGAAUAUCGUCCUGUGGGGCCAAAACCUAAGGGUGGCAGCAACAAUGCUUCAACGUCAAACACUUCCAAGUCGAAUAAUCCGUUUGAUAUUCUUAAUGAAGUGGGAGAGGCUUCGGGUACAACUAAGAGAGAUUCGGAGUCGGGUAAGAGGCACGUGGAUUCAGAUGAAGAUGAGGUUUAG